AUGAGUAGCCGGUUUUAUUUUGGUGGUUCAGACUCCGGUUCCGACGUUGACGACAACGAUGCCUCCCUCCUCCCUUUCCCCAAACCCAUCGAUCGGUCUGCCUUUCUUGCCCCGGAUUUUGAAGCAGGUGCAUUUUUAUCCAGCCUCUCAAAUCGGUUUCAAACUCUGGAGGACCUGCACACCGAACUGCGCGAAUUGAGCCAAACACUCAACGAGGAACUCGUCGACUUGGUCAAUGACAACUACCAGGACUUCCUCUCAUUAGGAAGCACACUGUCCGGCGGGGAAGAAAGAAUUGAGGACAUUCGGGUGGGCUUGCUGGGAUUCCAGCGAGAAAUUCAAGCAGUAAAGGACAAAGUGGACGCCAGACGGAAUGAGGUGGUGGAGUUACUAGAGAAGAGAAAAGCUCUCAAGCAAGAGACUGGUGUUGGCAGAGCUUUGCUCGAAAUAGCAGAGCGUUUGGACCAGUUGGAAGAGAAGUUAAAUAUUCCACCGAGCAGACCCGCAAAUCCAGGUAAAGAAGAUGUUCAAGAAAAUGGCGGUCCCAAUUGGAGUGAGGAUUGGACGGAAAUGACAAAUAAUGAAAGUGACGAGGAGUACUCCUCUGACGAAGCCGACGGCAUCCCACCCAGGUUAAAGCGGAGGACUGAGGAAUUCCUCAUUUUGAAGCACCUUGCCAGCAAACACGGAUCACAACAUCCCUUCAUUCUUGCUCAAGAGGGCAGGAUCCGGAAGAUUCAGGAGAUUCUGUUAGCCGACCUCGACGUUGCCAUUAAGCAAGAGUCGGAGGUCAAAAUCAAACAACAAAUGUUGCAGAUCCAAGCAGACAUGGAAAAUUGA